AUGCCGACUCUGAUCAUCUCCAAUUUCAAUAUCGUCUGUGCUGUUCUUGGUGGCUUCAUCACCCUGUUUGGCCUGGUAAGUUAUUUGUGCAAGGAGCGGUUCUAUCUUUCCGAGGCCUUGAUUUCCACGGUGUUUGGAGUCAUUUUCUCUCCCCAUGCCACAAACUUCAUCAAACCACUCGAGUACGCCGGCGGCAUAGAAGAGAAUCUCGACACCAUCACUCUGUAUUUCUCUCGCCUUGUCCUGGGCGUCCAACUAGUCCUCGCGGGUGUCCAAUUGCCUAGUAGGUACUUGUAUACGGAAUGGAAAUCCCUCGCUCUUCUCCUCGGACCAGGCAUGACCGCCAUGUGGCUAUGCGCCAGUAUGCUGGUGUGGGCCAUGGUCCCGAAUCUGCACAUCUUACACGCCCUUGCUUGUGGUGCCUGUGUCACGCCCACCGACCCCGUCUUGUCCAACUCCAUCGUCAAAGGCAAAUUUGCCGACACCAACAUUCCCAAACCCUUGCAGAAAAUCAUCAUUGCCGAAUCCGGCGCCAAUGAUGGCCUGGGCUAUCCUUUUCUCUUCCUUGCCCUGUAUUUGAUUAAAUAUACUCAGGAAGGAGGGGCUGACCCAUCAGGAGGAGCUAGCAGGGCAAUGGGAUAUUGGUUUGGAGAAACCUGGGGGUACACCAUUUUGCUGAGCGUUGCGUACGGGAUUACCGUGGGUUGGUUGGCCAAGGAACUCUUGCACUACGCCGAGGAAAGGAAAUUCGUCGACCGAGAGAGUUUUCUCGUCUUCGCCAUCACUCUGGCGCUUUUUAUCACGGGGACAUGUGGCAUGAUCGGAUCCGACGACGUUCUGGCUUGUUUCGUGGCUGGGAAUGUUUUCACCUGGGAUGACUGGUUCCGUUUAGAGACUCAAGACGACUCCCUUCAACCCACCAUCGACAUGUUACUCAACAUCUCAGUUUUCCUCUGGUACGGUGCUAUCUGUCCCUGGGCAUCCUUCCGAUCCAACGGUGUUAUCCCCAUCUAUCGUUUGAUGUUUCUUGGAAUCCUGAUUUUACUGUUCCGCCGGCUUCCCCUAGUCUUUGCCAUCCACAAGAAAAUCCCCCAGAUCGAAGAAUUUCAACAAGCGGCAUUUGUGGGGUUUUUUGGUCCGAUCGGGGUUUCGGCCAUCUUUUAUCUUUAUGUCAGUCUGGACUUCCUCCGUCAAAUCACCGUGGACGGGGGGAUGAGAGAAGAUGCAGCUCGGCUGGAAGAUGUUAUGAAAGUGGUCGUCUGGUUUUUGGCCAUUUGCAGCAUCGUUGUUCAUGGCCUGUCAGUGCCAUUGGGUAAGCUAGGCUACCAUCUUCCAAGGACCAUGUCUCAAGCGCUCAGUAGUGAGAGAGAGGAUGACCAACCACACUUUUAUUUUCGCCCUUGGCAUAAGCAUAACAAUCAUGUACGCCGGAGGAAGAACAGCAAGAAUGAGCCCCAACCGAGCACGGGGGCGUUCAGAAUUAGAGGACCACUGCAACCUCUUGAGCGACCGGACAGUGGAUUGGAAAGUCCCGCAGAACCAAGUCGACCCGUCCAUCUCAUUGAAACCCCGCCAGUGGGUGCCCAAACACCUGUGGAGCAGCUGGCGAAAUUGAAUAAGUAUGACGAACAGAAAGCAGAGGAAUCGGUGAUGGUUGAGACGAGUGUCAAAAACAACUAG